AUGUAUACAAGAAUAAAAUAUAUAGUCCAAAAGAUAAGGCUCCAAUCAGUAAGAUUCAAUAGCAAUUUAUCAUCACAAAAUGAAGUUACUGGAUUAUUUCAAUACACGAAACUAACCCAUAAAACAUACCUAAAGGUCCGUGGUCCAGACACAAUCCCAUUUCUUAAUGGCAUGGUGACAACCAAACUGCAACCAUAUUUUAUAAAAAAAAAUCUAAUGACAAUAAACGACCACGAUAAAUCACAACUUAAGGGGUCAAGUAUUAUCGAUUUUCCUACUGAUAAAUCCAAUUGGGGGUUAUAUCAAGAGUGUGGCCCAUAUGGGGAACAUAUUAUUAGAUUUGGACAGUACACAGGGCUAUUAAACGGGAAGGGUAAAUUAAUAACAGAUUCUAUACUUUAUUGUACACCUAUUAUUGCAAAUGGAUUGAAUAUGAAAUAUCCUGAGUAUUUACUCGAAUUUGAUAAGGAGAUUAUGUCAUACAUGUCCAAAUUAUUUGAGUCACAUAAAUUAGGGAGUAGGGUCAAGCUUGAACAUGUUGGUGAUAUAAAUUGUUGGGAUAUAAUAAUCCGAUUCCAAAAUAUUCCAAAAGAGGUAGAGAAUCCAUGGAUAGAUAAUUUAUUGGAUCCAAUGAGUCAAAUGAAAACACCUGAAGAUGCACAGCUGUUUAGUAAGAAUGUUAUAAACACACUAUUUAAAACAAAUAAUGAUAUAUUAGGCGGAUAUAUAGAUAGAAGGUAUGAGCAGAUACUAUAUAAAGAUGGUAGCGCAUCUGCCCAUUUCCGUUUUGUGGCAAAGGAUACUGUCUCAGAUAUCGGAACUAUUUUUAAUAUAUCAAUGAUGCCCUUCCCCAUCGAGGUUAAGAAACAUGAAGAUAACAGUCCAUAUUUCAGGAGAGAAAGAUUAAAAUAUGGGUUUUUAGAUGGCGUCAAAGAUAUCAAAUCAACCACUUUGUUACCAUUAGAAUGCAACUUUGACUAUCUACCUAACUCAAUCAGUAACAAUAAAGGUUGCUACAUGGGUCAAGAAUUAACUGCAAGAACCCUAUCCACUGGCAUUUUAAGGAAAAGAAUUGUAAGUGUUGUGUUCAAUAAUCCAACUCCAUUAAAUGAAUUGUUAAAUUCAUAUGACGCUAGCUCAUCUAGAGAAUUGGUUGAUGUGGAAUUGGAUGAAAAGUAUUAUCAUCAUAACAAUAAUAAUAAUAAUAAUAAUAAUAAUAAUACCGCUCACAAUACGAACAUAGUGUCAAACCCCUUCAAUGAAAGUAAUUCCACAGUUACAAAGAAGAGAAGAAGACCUAUCGGAACUUUGAUUGCAUUUGAAGGUGAUGUUGGCAUUGUAUUGUUACGUACAGAAUAUUUCCCAUUAGCCUUUGAUGAAUAUUCUGGUGUUGAAGACAUGUUCUACCUGACGACGCCUAGCGGUAAACGUGUAAAUAUGAAGAUAAAAACUCCCUACUGGUAUGACACAUGGUUCACCAAUCAAAGACACAAAUAA